AUGACAGGAUGUUGUUUACAAGAAAGAAGCUUAACUGGGACAUGGACAUCAAAGAGCAGGAGCGUGUUUACUGGGCCUGGGUUUUAUGAUCCUGUUGAAGAUAAAAUGUUUCCUCCGAAGUUAACUGGUAUUUCGUAUAGUUUUACUGAUGAUGGGUAUUUUGAAGAAUCUCUUUACCGAGUUAGUAGUAACCCUACUACUCCUGAAUGUUCUAUUUCCGUUUUGCAAUGGCAACAUGGAACGUUUCAAAAGCUUGACAAUGGUUCACUUUUGUUGAAUCCUUUUCCAAAUGAUGGCCGACAGAUAUUAUCCAACCCGUGUUUAGGUAUGACUUCUCGUUAUACUCGGUUUAGUGUUAGAGAAUUGAUAAUCAAAUUUGAUAUAGUGGUUGAUCAGUAUUAUAAAGGAUACAAACUUCAACUUUAUCAAUUUGAUGGAACACCUGUACAGCCACUAUAUCUUGCUUAUUUUCCUCCUCAGAUGCUUCCCACUGUUGUGUUUAAUUCUGUUUCUCAAAAAAAUUACAAACGAUCUUUUCAGAGUCAUAUUUUUUUUAGAAUUCCUGAUCCUGAUUAUGUCUGGUGGGUUGGUAUUUUUAUGAUUUUGCUGGGUAGUGUUGGUUAUUUUAUGAUUUAAAGA